AUGGAGGCCCAACGACCGCGCCCUCCGAAUCCUUCUGAACUAUGUUCCUGCAUUAUCCACUGGCAUGGACUUGGACCUGAGCUACCAGGUCAGUACGGCACAUAUCGCCUUCCAGAUCUAGUCGCCAACACGAUCGAAAACGGGCAAGCCCUGGGCUCCUACACCAACCUAGAACAUCACGAUGAACUAAAGCAUGCACUAAUCGAAGGAUUCCAUGAACUCUAUAACAAUCGAGACCCAAGUCACUAUGCUCACAUUAUCAGGGUGGCGUCUCUGCUCGACCAUUACUUUUUCAGAGGAUGGCUUACGGCGCGUCGACGACGAACAGGCAUCGUGCAGUCGCAUCUCAAAGUGUGUAUUCGGGAGAACAACGAGGUCUGCCAAGAAAUAGGCAGCGCUUCGCACGUGGAGGUGGUCAAGGAGCAUGCUAGCUCGCUUCCCAGCGUUGACGUUGACAUUGACUCUGCAGGAACGUGGACGAUUGCGCAAAUCGUUGAGCUCCUGAUCCAUGAGAUGGCUCACGGAUAUUUGAUCUUGUUUACGUGUCGUGGGGGCUUUGAUUACGUGGCCGGCUGCUCCUUUCACCAUUCCGCUGCGAGAGGCCACCACGGUCUUUACCUGCGAAAGCUGCUGAGGCAUGUGUAUCAGACUAUCCAGGAGUGGGACGAUGUGUUGAGCAACUUUGGGACAGAUUGUGUACUGAGCUGUCACUGCAAUGAUUCAGAUUCUGCGUUUGAGAGAAGUAGAUCAAGCACGCCAAUUUAA